AGAAAGCGUGUGGUUGCCUUCCAUUUUCCGCUCAGUGUUGCUUAGAUAUUUUAUUGAGACACUCACUUGCCUGGUUUUCAACUUUACUUGGUUAUCGGCUGCUUUUGAUAGCAUUAUGUGGCUGCUCGUUUCGCUGCUUCCGGUGCUCUUCGUACUUCCGGUACAGUUUCCACCUCCGGUCAGUUGCACGCUGCAGCUGUACCGCGUGCCCCUGCGCCGCUUCCCCUCCGCCCGUCAUCGCUUCGAGAAGUUGGGCAUCCGGAUGGACCGGCUGCGUUUGAAGUACGCCGAGGAGGUGAGCCAGUUCCGUGGUGAGUGGAACUCGGAGGUGAAGAGCACGCCGCUGAGCAAUUACCUGGACGCCCAGUACUUUGGCCCCAUCACCAUCGGGACGCCGCCGCAGAGCUUCAAGGUGAUAUUCGACACGGGUUCCUCGAAUCUCUGGGUGCCAUCCGCCACGUGUGCCUCCAGAAUGGUGGCCUGUCGGGUGCACAAUCGCUACUUUGCCAAGAGGUCGACCAGUCACCAGGUGAGGGGUGACCGCUUUUCCAUCCACUAUGGCAGUGGCAGUCUGUUUGGCUUCCUUUCCACGGACACCGUACGCGUGGCUGGCCUGGAGAUACAGGAUCAAACCUUCGCGGAGGCUACCGAAAUGCCGGGUCCCAUCUUCCUGGCAGCCAAAUUCGAUGGCAUCUUUGGACUGGGCUAUCGCAGCAUCUCCAUGCAGCGCAUCAAGCCGCCAUUUUAUGCCAUGACGGAGCAGGGACUGCUCACGAAACCCAUAUUCAGUGUUUAUCUCAGCAGACAUGGCGAAAAGGAGGGUGGUGCCAUCUUCUUUGGCGGAUCCAAUCCGCAUUACUAUACGGGCAACUUUACGUACGUCCAGUUGUGCCAGCAGGGCUGCGAAGUGAUCAUCGACACGGGCACCUCUUUCCUGGCAUUGCCCUAUGACCAGGCUAUACUCAUCAACGAAUCCAUUGGCGGAACUCCCUCGUCCUUUGGACAGUUUCUGGUUCCGUGCGAGAGCAUUUCGUCGCUGCCCAAGAUCACCUUUACACUGGGUGGACGCACAUUCUUCCUGGAGUCCCAUGAGUACGUCUUUCGCGAUAUCUACCAGGAUCGAAGGAUCUGCUCCUCUGCCUUCAUUGCCGUCGACCUGCCAUCGCCCAGUGGACCUCUGUGGAUUCUGGGGGACGUGUUUUUGGGCAAAUACUAUACUGAGUUCGACAUGGAGAGGCAUCGCAUUGGAUUCGCUGACGCCAGGAGCUGAGCAGCAUACAUGGGCAUGCUGUUUGAUGUGCUUCUUGCUUUUCCACCGUCUGGUUGCCAUAACACGCGAAUCAUCGAAAUACGAACUGAUCAUUGUAUCUACAGGCGGGCAAAUACCCUAUACUCACGUGUUGAAUUUAUUGUUUAUUUUGGCUAGUUAGAUUAUUUUUGUUUAAAACGAUUUCAAUUAUAUUGGUAUUCCAGAUUCCGCCCUUGUAAAGUAA